CGAUGAUUGGAUCGAACGGAUCAAUGAAAUAAGGUUUAUCCAUAAUAUUGAUUAUCUUUCUGAGAUCUCCAGAUUAUUUUUAGAAUGUUAUAACUUGUAUGACAGCUUUAGAUAUAAGAUUAAAUAGCUUUUCAAAGGAAGAAUUGAAAGCAAAUUCGAAAUCUACAAAACUAAUGGAAGCCGCCUUGGCUUCCAACAGUUGCAUUUUAAAAACUGACAAUGGCCCUCAAUUGUGGAGAAGGUUUAAUACACCCCUUUACAGGAAGUUUACCAAAGCCCAAGAAUAUAUGGAACGGGUAGCAAUAGACCUACUGUCGCAGAAAAUAAGAUUGUUUAAAGAAACAAAAGACAAAAAACCGAAAACACUUUUGGAAGGUUAUUUAUCUUCGCCGGAAGUUGAUUUUAAAGACAUUACCGGAAUGAUAUGUGAUUUUUUAUUGGCUGGAAUUGACACAUCUGCCUACACUACAAGCUUCGUACUUUACUACUUAUCGUGUAAUCCAAAAGUUCAGGAAGCUUUACAUGAAGAGAGUAAAACGUUAUUGUCUCGAUGGGACGAGCCUGUUACUAAGGAAAUAUUAAAUAAAGCUCAUUAUACAAAAGCAGUUUUAAAGGAAUCACUUCGGUUAAGGCCGGUAUCAGUGGGUAUAGGUCGAGUUCUUGAUAAGGAUGCCAUAUUUUCUGGAUAUCAUGUACCAAAACAGACAGUCGUAGUAAGUCAAAACCAAGUAUCUUGUCGUUUUGAAGAAUACUUUGAAAACCCAAACGAAUUUAAACCAGAACGGUGGUUAAGGUCUUACGAAGCUUACAAGUCAGUUCAUCCAUUUUUGGUUUUACCUUUUGGACAUGGGCCCCGUAGCUGUAUUGCUAGAUGGUUAGCUGAGCAAAAUAUACGAAUAUUGCUGUUAAAACUCUCAAGACGUUUUAAAAUUAGAUGGAAUGGCGGAGCCUUAGAUUCCAAAUCAUUACUUAUAAAUAAACCUGAUGGACCAAUUAAACUGAUUUUUGAUGAACGAAAAUAAUAUAAAAAAAUUGUCAGUGAUGAUAUAGAUUCUCGCUCGGAUAAGGGGUAAGGGAUGAAAGGGGGGGGGAGGGAGUGCUUUUACUUCACUAAAAUAUGAUUUUACGUAGUGGCGGAAGGGUGGUGGUGAAGAAUCGAAUAAAAUUAAACGGUCAUUGUAGAGACGGUGGGGUCGUCUGUCGGGUUUUAGCUUUUUCUUUUGUUGAGGGAGGGGAAUUUUCAGCCACCAUUAUCUAACCUCUCCUUUUUGGUACAUUCAAAUGAGGAUAUAAUUUCCCACCAUAAUCUAACCAUGGCUAAGUGUAUCUGCAUCAAGAGUUAAGUUUAUUUAUUUUUAUUCGAUCCUUCACUUUCUCCUCUCGCGCAUCCAGCCUCCACCUAACAGUAUUUUUUAGUGUUCUACAAAGUCAUCGCAAAUACCCUUAAUUUGCACACAUUUUUCCCCAAUCUGAGCGAGGGCCCAUACAUAUGACCAUCUAUAAAAUGUCUUUUUAAUUUUUAAUAUUUUUUGUCAUUAUAGCAGUUGUUGUGUAUGCUAUUAUGUUUUAUUGUUUCUAUUUUAUUGUUUUGUACCGUAUGCUAACGAAUAAAAUAUUAUGUGCAUGUGUCACAUAUCAACUA